UCCGUCCCGCAACACUGAAUAUUCCCAACCGCACUACUGGCGAACGCGAUACGCGGGAGAGGAAACCAUCCUCUAUGACUGGUACGAUGUUGACUUCGAGUCCUUCUGGCAGUCGCACAUCGUGCCUCUCUGUUCAAAAGAAGUCAGGAAAGGGAGGGAAUUACAGGAGCUGGACAACACUUGCCAAAAGGGAAACCCGCUAUUUAUAGAUGCGUCAUCUUCGGUGCCAGCAGUGUCAGCAGCAUCAUCAACAGCAGACGCAGCAUCCAGAUCUGCAGAGGUUGAGACGGAGGCAAGGGUAGCAACAGCAGUGGCACCGCUGGUGGUAGUGGAGAUAGGCAGCGGCAAUUCAGAGUGGAGCAUGCGCAUGGCAGCGAGGGGCCUACAUGUGAUCAGCACGGACGUGGACGCUGGCGUGAUGGCCUCCAUGUCUCGACUCCAUGCCUCCCAUCCUCAGUUCGCCGCCCAUCCAGUUGACCGCAUGGUUGCUGAUGCACGAUGCCUGCCAUUCCGGGGGGUGGUGGAUAUAGUGGUGGACAAGGGAACCGUGGAUGCUCUGCUGUGCCAGCCACCUUCUAAGGAGUGCAAGUUACAACCACUUUUGUGUGAGCCCAUGGAGGCGGCACCUUCAGAGAAACAAAUGGUCAUGCCACUUCAACUUGUGCUUUGGACAGAAGCUGAGAGAAGCGAUGGCGUGACAUCCCUUGCCAG